AUGAGUAAGAAGAGGUGGGGCUUCCACAUCACCAGUGUGACGUCAGAGCUUGUUAACCAAUCAGAGGCCUGUCCUCGCCGGCCACACUCCCAUGAUGCACUUGGACCUCGCUUCAGAGUGGUGCGGCUGGAUACCCGGGGGCGGUACAUGCGGGGGAGGUGGACAUGUCUGGACCUGCCCACAGCAACCACGGAAGUGAGAGGUCUGGGGGCAGGGCUUCGCCGUGUUAUGAUGAUUGACAGCCAAAGACAAGCCCUAUCCUUGGAGUCUCUGGAGCUGAUGGAACAAGGGUGUGAGAAAGGGGCGGAGCUUGUCCACAACACCGACCACAUCCCCCGGCAGAACAAGCUCCGCCCCGUGCUCCCAGAUGCACAGAUGUGGAGACAGUGUCGCUCGCAGCCGUCUUCACCUCCACACAGCCCCGCCCCCAGUUCUUCCUCUGGUUCCUCCAUUGAUAAAAAGAUUGAACAGGCUCUGGAGCUAGUGAAAAUCCAUGUCAGGACCGCGGUUCAGGACGAGGUCUCAGUCCUCAGAGAAACCAUCAGAGACCUGGAGAACCGGAACCUUCUUCUGCAACAAGAAAACCUGAUCCUGAGGACCGCAGGUGAAGUAGCCCCAGCAGCUCCUUCUCCUGCGGCUCGGACAGAGUAUGUACAGACGCUGCUGCGGCACUGA